AUGCCGAAAGCCGACAGGCGCUCGAAGCUCGCCGAGCUUCGAGCUCUCCGACAGUCUGGCAAGAAGGGUAACUACGAAGUCGAGGACGUUUCCGAAUUGUACGAGGAGGUCGACGAGAACCAAUACAAAAAGAUCAUUAGGGACCGUCUGGACCAGGACGACUUCGUUGUCGACGACAAUGGCGAAGGCUACGCUGACGACGGCCGAGAGGAGUGGGAUCGUGCCCCUCAGUAUUAUUCGGACAGUGACGAGGAUGUGACUAUACAAGGACGCGGCAGGCCUAGCAAAGCAUUAAAGAAGCAGCGCGAGGACGAGGUAGCCAAGCGAGACGCAAACGAUCGAGACAUUAGCGAGUACUUUACAAAGGGUGCUGUCAAGACACAAGCAAAGCCAAAGGUAGCGAAGACAAAAGAAGAUGACGCCUUCCUUGCCGACUUACUCGGCGAAGUGGACGCCAACGUCCCCGCACCCGUCUCAAGGUCUGGGGGCAAACGCAACAGAUCCCCGGAACGGCGAAGAGCCCGCGUGCUCUCUCCCGCGCCAGAGACUAGACGGCCUUUGUCCAAGAGACCCAAGACCGUAGACGACCGACUUCCUUCUCCGACCAUUGACGACUCGGUGCUUGACGAUGGCUACAUGCCGCCUAUGGGCGACGAUAGAGAGGACAGUCCGAUCAUGGAGGCUGCUGAUAUUCCCAUGUCUGACCCGGCACCAUCAUCGCCGGCGGCAAAGGUAGCUCAGCGAAAGGCCCAGAUCAAGGCAGAGCCAAAAGACGAGGACGAUGACGAUAUGAUGGAGGUCGCACACGCCGGUACCAUCACCACUGCCAGCGUCAACAUCGCCGGAUCGAGACCUCCGAAGAAGCUGAUCAAGCCGGAGCCGUAUCCUUCGCCCCUGAACUCGUCCCCUGCUAAAGCAGCCGAGCCCAUGGUGGACUCGUCUGCUUGGAACUUCAUUACUGACCAGCUCAACGUCGUCAGCAGCUCACCUGCGGAGGCGAGAAGUGUUGGUAAGAUCGACUACAAGGAUGCUGUCGAACCGGACGGCAGUCUCAACUUGUUCUGGACAGACUACACUGAGGUGAAUGGCAGUCUCUGCCUCUUCGGUAAGGUCUUAAACAAGAAGACCGGGCUGUAUGUCAGCUGUUUCGUAAAAGUCGACAACAUCCUGCGCAAGCUGUACUUUCUGCCGCGCGAAACAAGAGUGCAAGGCGGCGAGGACACUGGGGAGGAGGUCGGGAUGAUGGACGUCUACUCUGAGAUUGAUGCCAUGAUGACCAAGAUGAAUGUUGGCAUGUACAAGAUCAAGGCUUGUAAGCGCAAGUAUGCAUUCGAACUGCCAGGAAUCCCCAAAGAAGCACAGUAUCUCAAGUGCCUCUACCCAUAUACAAAGCCCGUGAUCGAUGGAUCCGCUACUGGAGAGACCUUUUCGCGCGUUUUCGGCACCAACACCGCUUUAUUUGAACAAUUCGUUCUAUGGAAAAACAUUAUGGGACCAUGCUGGCUCAAGAUCAACGACGCCGACUUUGGCGCCCUCAAGAAUGCCUCUCACUGCAAGCUUGAGGUCUUAGUCGAGCACCCAAAUAUGGUCGCCCCGCUGAGUGACUCCGAUAACCUCGACACGCCUCCCCUGACAUUGAUGGCCUUGUCCUUGCGUACCGCAUUCAAUGCUCAAGCCAACAAGCCCGAGAUCCUCGCCAUCAGCGCCAGGAUUUACGAGAAGCUGUCAUUAAAUGACACCACUCCCGCCGAAAAGCUUCCCUGCCGAACCUUCACACUUAUUCGGCCGUACGGCACGUCGUUCCCGCUUGGGUUCGAGACAAUGGCCAAAGAGCGCAAGAGAGGCCUUCUCAAGACGUUCCGUCAAGAAUCUGAAAUCCUUCAGUUUUUCCUAGCACAGCUCGAUGUUGUUGAUCCUGACGUUAUCUUGGGACAUCAAUUAGAGGGCGUCGACUACAGUGUGCUACUCAACCGUCUACACGAGAAGAAGACACACCAGUGGUCUCGCCUCGGUCGUCUCAAGCGGUCACAAUGGCCAGCUUCCAUGAACAAGGUCGGCGGCAAUGUAUUCGCUGAAAGGCAAAUCAUGUCUGGUCGUCUUCUCUGUGAUCUCGCCAACGAUGCCGGAAAAUCUGCCAUGUAUAAGUGCCAGUCUUGGAGUUUGACAGAGAUGUGCAGCCUCUACCUAUCGGGCAACAACCGCCGUCAAGACAUUGAUAAUGAGGCGGCUCUCAAGGGCUGGGCUACUCAAAACAAGGAUGGCAUGAUGAACUACAUCACUCACAUGGAGACCGACACACAUUUCAUCACUGCCCUUGCCCUCCAAGUCCAGCUUCUGCCUCUGACCAAAGUCCUCACCAACUUGGCUGGUAACUCCUGGGCGAGAACUCUCACAGGUACUCGUGCUGAGCGGAAUGAGUACAUUUUGCUGCAUGAGUUUCACCGCAAUAAGUACAUCUGUCCCGACAAGCAAACUUUCCGGGGCAGAAUGGCCCAAGAAGAUAAUCAAGAAGAGGAAGGCGAAGGCAAGAAGAAGGACAAGUACAAGGGAGGUCUUGUCUUUGAGCCCGAAAAGGGUCUGUACGACAAGUUCGUUCUCGUCAUGGACUUUAACUCCCUGUAUCCCUCUAUCAUUCAGGAGUUUAACAUUUGCUUCACGACUGUCAACAGAUCAGCAAUGAACGAGGACGAGGACGCUGUGCCCGAGGUUCCCAAGGAUCAGGACCAGGGCAUUCUGCCCAGACUAAUUGCCACUCUUGUCAGUCGAAGAAGACAAGUCAAGGCUCUCAUGAAGGACAAGAGCGCCACUACGGGCCAGCUUGCCACCUGGGAUAUCAAACAGCUUGCGUUGAAGCUCACAGCCAAUUCCAUGUACGGAUGCUUGGGCUACACCAAGUCUCGUUUCUACGCCCGUCCGCUCGCAGUCUUGACCACGUACAAGGGUCGUGAGAUCUUGCGGAGCACCAAGGAGCUUGCUGAAAGCAAGGCCCUUCAGGUCAUCUACGGAGACACUGAUUCCGUCAUGAUCAAUGCUAAUGUCGAAAAUGUGGCGGACGCGUUCAAGGUGGGCCAGGAUUUCAAGAAGGCAGUCAAUGAGCGAUACAGACUUCUCGAGAUCGACAUUGACAACGUCUUCCGCCGUAUCCUGCUCCAGGCCAAGAAGAAGUACGCCGCCAUCAACUUGGUUGAAAAAGACGGCAAGUUCAUCGAAAAGAUGGAGGUCAAGGGUCUAGACAUGAAGCGUCGCGAGUACUGCACUUUGUCCAAGGAAAUCUCCAGCAAGAUUCUUAACGAGAUUCUUUCCGGUGAUGAGACAGAGGUGUCUAUUUCCCGUAUUCAUGAGUACCUGAGAGAGAUCUCUGGCAUGAUGCGCGAGCAGUCCGUCCCUCCCCAAAAGUAUAUCAUCUUCACCCAACUCGGCAAGACUCCUACAGAGUACCCCAACGCAGACUCGAUGCCCCAGGUUCAGGUAGCGCUUCGGGAAAUUGCUCGAGGAAAGACAGUUCGCCGUGGUGACGUUGUUUCGUACAUCAUCACCGGUGAUCCUCAGAGUUCCGAUCCUGCGCCGAAGAGAGCAUACCUUCCCGCCGAUGUCAUGAAGGCCGACUCUGGCCUCUCGCCUGACGUCGAAUGGUACAUGGGCAAGCAGAUCUUCCCCCCUGUUGAGCGUCUAUGCGCAAACAUUGUGGGCACGUCAAGCUCUCAACUUGCAGAGUGCCUCGGGUUAGAUAUUCGCAGGUACAAGUCGGCGCAUGAUGGUCAUCAAAGCUCUAGCAACGACAUGGAGAUCCAUCCCCUUGAGUCGCAGAUCCCCGACGACGUGCGGUUUGCCGAGUGUGCGCGUUUGUCUCUGCGCUGCCGCACCUGCAAAAAAUCGUCUGUGUUUGAGGGUCUCCUCGCCCAGCCUGAUCGUGUGUCGGCUUCGGGUGUGCUCUGCGAUUCGUGCGACGCAACCAUUCCGAUAAUGUCCAUUGUGGCCCAAGUCGAACAUGCUCUUCGCACGCAGACUGCUCGCUACUACGAGGGCUGGCUCGUGUGCGACGACACGGCUUGUGGCAUCCGCACUCGUCAGAUGAAUGUUUACGGCACCCGCUGUCUGGGACCCAAAGGCCUUGCGCGGGACUGUCUCGGCCGCAUGCGCUACGAGUAUACCGAGAAGGCAAUUUACAACCAACUGGUGUACUUUGCCAGCCUGUGGGACGUCGAAAAGACCAAGGCGUCGGCCGAGAGUGGGAGCGACCUCUCCCGCGAGGAAAAGGACAAGAUAUUCGCACUUGCCGAGCAUAACCGCGUCCGGUUUGACACCGUCAAGGGCGUGGUUGACAAAUAUCUCGACAAGUGUGGCAGGCAAUGGGUCGCCAUGGACACUCUGUUCGCGAAGCUGGGAUUCAACAAGCCUCUUCUUACCGCCGCAUAA